GUUUUGGUUUCAGAAUUUUGUUGUCUUAGCCAGAGAAAGGUUCCUACUAUUUUUCGCCAUGAAGCUGCUGAUCCUUCUUUUUGUGUUCAUCGCUCUUGCAACCAAUUCCCUGGCUCUGAAAAAUGAAAUCUGUGGCCUUCCGCACUCUCAAGUGGGAAUUUGCAGGGCACUUCUAACCAGAUGGUCCUACGAUUCAAACAACAAACAGUGCGUGGAAUUUAUCUACGGAGGAUGUGGUGGCAACGACAAUAAUUUUGGUACGAAGGGAAGUUGUGAACAAAAGUGCUUGGAAUAAAAUGUUAAUAAGCUAAGGCCAAUAUAAUAUGCCGAGCAUAGAAAUAUAAUUUCUCAUUUAAACUAAAUAAUA